AUGGAUUUAGUUCCGGGUACAACAGGUGAGGUUGUUCAUAUCACAGUGCUGACCGUGGGAUACACCAAUGUAGGUUCAUCGAGCAGUUUUCAGUACCAAUGUUGGGGCAGUGACCCAGAUACAGACGCUACACGAUCAUUUGGUCGAUCAGCACCCAUAACAACAGACAGAUCACCACCAGAAGAUGAGAGACACUCUAAACAUUACUUCAUCAGAGUGGUCAAAUUCCCUACAGGAGAUGGAUGGGAUAGUGAUGGUUACGGUCCUUUCUACUGUGAGGCUUCUAAACCUGAUCGAGAUGUUACAAGGGUUACUACAUUUUUCCAACGAUUUGAUGCUAAAUUCAUAUCAAGUGAUGGAUUGUUUACAAAGACAGUCAAUGUGAAUGAAACUGGAGUGAUGAUCAGCAUGGAUAGUCGUGUUAGUCCUGAUGCAAGUGACAAUGUGAUUACUUGGAUGAAAGAUGGAAUAGAGGUUCUUACAUCAUUUGAUGGGCAGACUCAGAUCAGCUUCCCAAACCCAAUCCAGACAUCAGACCAAGGAAUCUAUGAGAUCUACUAUAAUAACGAGAGGAAUCAAAAUAGAGGAGGAUUAUACAGACUCAUCGUCAGAGAAUGCCCUGCUGGUAAGUGGGGUCCCCCUGAGUGUUAUGGUAUCUGUGAUAAAUGCUACAAUGGUGGAGUCUGUGAUGACAAGUCUGGCCUGUGUAUCUGUCCUAACAACUUCAAGGGAACGAAUUGUUUAGAAAUUUGUAGAAAUGAUGGUGGAAAUCGAUUUGGAUUGAAGUGCGAGUUUCAGUGUUCAUACCGCAAUGCUGCCACACAAUGUCAUGGGAAUCUUUUUUGCCUACCUGAUCCUUAUGGAUGUUCAUGUGAUGUCGGUGCUCAUGGUCUUACAUGUAACACACUAUGUACUAUAGGUACAUAUGGUGCAGGAUGUUCACAGACAUGUCACUGUGCAGGCGGUGGUUCAUCAUGUAAUAUUUAUAGUGGAAUAUGUACAGGUGGAUGUCAGACUGGCUGGACUGGGAACAACUGUCAAAUUCCAGAUGAAUGUGAAGCCGGUUACUAUGGAUCUCAAUGCACUGAUAAAUGUCAUUGCUUGAAUGAUGAACCAUGUGAUAAAGAUACCGGAGAGUGCCCUGAGCAGAAGUGUGCUCUAGGAUACAAACUACGCAGUGGCCAGGUCAACUGUCAAGAGUGUGAAGGGGAUACCUUUGGUUUGGACUGUCUUCAGCAAUGUCAUUGUGCUCAAGUGGCUUGCGAGACAGAGAGGGGUCUUUGCAAGGGACAAUGCCUUGAUAGCUGGAUUGAACCUUACUGCAGUCAAAGAAUAUCCAGAUUGGUUCCAGUGAGAGUGAACCCAUACCAACCAUCUAGCUUCACAUGUUAUGUUGAGGGUAUCCCACUUCCCGAUGCAUCCUCAGUUAAUCUUUACAGACAUAAUGGAAGCAACUAUAUCAGCACAGGAAUGACCAUGAGAUCAGGCACUGUCUCGGGGUCAGAACGAGCUGUUGUCUUUGAUGUUGAUAGCGUGUAUCCACAGGAAGAUGGGGAUUACGUUUGCUCUCUUAUUGUCGAAAAGAUAGACUAUCGCGGUACGCCUAUUACCAAUGCAACCUAUGUUUUGCCAGUCAUUGAGAACGCACCAGUGAUAGUGAGUACUACGUCAACUACAGUUGAUCUUCGAUGGAACGAAUGGUCCGAAGAAGAUGAUGUAGGUGAUCCUCCUCUUGUAGGAUAUGAUGUCUUUGUCGAGAAGGAUGGUGCCUGGGUAACGGAUCAGAGAGUAGACCAACUCACAACAUCAGCCAUCGUUAGUAACCUGAUACCCGACACCGAUUACAGGUUUCGUGUAGCAGCAGUGAGGGAAGGAACAGGUGGAACUGGACCUGUGUCUCCUAGCAACAGCAUAAUAACCCGCUGUAGAAAACCCAGUGCUUCUCCAACUGGACUACAAGUUUCAGCCAUCAACCCUAAAGAGCUAGAGGUGAUAUGGGAGCACCUCCCCUCGGAAUCAGCAGAAUGCAGGAGUGGAGUGACCAAUUAUAUGAUCUACUAUGCUCCCUCUGGAUCAACUUCUUCAAGCUCUAUCCUGGUUUUUCGUGACACUAGCUCCUACACGAUAAGAGGGUUAGAUACCUAUCUGGACUAUAUUAUUCAAUUGACUGCAUCAAAUAAAGACGAGGAAAGUGAUAGGAGCCAUGAGACUAUCGGCAAAACACUUGAAGAAGUCGCGCCUGCUCCUAUCAAUGUGGCUAUACCCCAGAGUACUAAAAGCUCCUUCACUGUAUCCUGGUCUACUCCUCUACCAUCUAACAUCAAUGGUAACAUCCAGAAGUAUAUCAUCCGCUACCAGCAGACUGAUCCCGUACUUGUUGAUGGUGAAGUAUUGAACGGUGCGUUUGAAGGAGAGCAUACUGUGGUAGACCUACCCCGUGAAAUCAACUAUACAGUUCAGGUCCAAACUGUCAAUGGAGCUGGUUCUAGCAAUUGGUCCGAACCAGUGAAUGCAAAGACCAUCCUCUCAGGUGAUGAUAAUGGUUCCAGGAAACCACUAAGUGCUGUGAUAGGGGGUGUGAUAGUACCCAUCGUUCUCAUCGCAAUACUACUAAUUACUUUGGUGAUGUAUAGAAGGAUCAAACAAAGACGUUUAGAGACUGAACCAGCCGCGUCCCCACCAAACAAUGCACGUGAGACCUCAUCAAAGUAUGAGAACCCUGUAUUUGAUGACUCAAAGCAAGACCCCAAUACCUACGAAGACCCGAAUGCUGAUACCCAUGUCUACCAAGAUCUUAAUACAGAUACUCCAAACUACCAGAAUCUUACCGACCCCCAUACGUAUCAAGAUCUAAAGAAACCCAACACCGACGUUACCUAUCUAGAAGCCAUAACAUCAGAUCCGGGAGACACUUACGAAGAAAUAUAGAGACAGCCCUAGCGAGGCAGAGGCUUGGGUAUGGUGCAAGCAUUGAUACAUGCUGGAUCAACAAUAAUGAACAUGUUAUGCAAUACACAGAGUUGGUAAUAUUUAUCAUGGUGCUCAUACUUCCUUACUAUGUGCUCAUACUACGGUAGUACACUAUUUCAAUUGUUGCAAGAAUUAUAACGAAACUUAAACAGCUAUUUUCAAAAUGUUAUA